CAUCUUAUCAUCCCAACAAUCCCACAGACAAGUACAAUUCCUCAAGCCCCAAAAUCGAAGCGAAUUGAUCAUUGUCAUGGAUAAAACCCUUCUCUCCACAUCCUCCCUCCACUCCGCCGUGCUACCGGGGCUGACGAUCCUCUUGGGGACGGGAGGCUUAGCAGGCGGCAUCUACGCCCUCCAAUCGCCGUUCGAUUGGGCACGCCAAUUCGGUGUGAUCACAAAAGCUGGCUCAACUUCGUCCUUCGAGCAGAAGGCAUUCAUUCAAGCCAUUGGAAUCCGCAACCUCGCGAGCGGCGCGUCACUGCUCUCCCUCACAGCCUUCUGGCAAAUUUCCUCUCUAUGUCGGAACUCCCCGCUCGCCUCCAUCGCCGUUAAGAGGACUCUAGGAAUCUCACUCUUGGUUGGUACUGUGGUCGCACUGGGGGACUCGUUGGUCUUGUCGCGGCUGGUUGAGGAUGGCACCUUAUCGUCCGAGGCGGAGGGGGUCACCUCUGACAAGAGCAAGGGUCAUAUGUUCAUGUCCUUGCCCAUUCUCGGGCUUGCUUUGGGCUACCUGUUGACCUAGAGGGCUUGCAAUUGAUGCGUGAAAAACCGAAUGGGUCAACAAGAAAUGAUCACAGGGCUGUAUUGAUGUAACCUUGGGGGCCUCCUCUAACACUCUCCUCUCUAUCUGUAACAAAAAGAAAGCACGCUUCCAUUCGUCUCACCUCACCAGACGCCUUUAAUAUUCUACGCUAUCCGUUCUUUGUGAUGACUUUCACUGUGCCUGUAACAAGGUACUAGCGUGAUUGACGUGCAAUUCCAGGUUGAACCAUAUAUAUAUAGCGGGCUGUGACAAUGUAAUCCCACCAUGUU